AUGUCGAUUGCUUUUAUAACAUCUCGAGGAACUUUUGUUGUCGAUCUAUUCCUUAAAACAGCGCCAAUGCAAGGAUUUAAUAUGCUCAAGCUUGCGAAGAUAAAUUACUUCAAUAAUUCCUUGGUUUUAGAAAUCAUGAAAGAUUUUUAUCUAAGAAUAGGAAAUUUACAAAAUCCUGGAGGCACAACAGUAUACCAGUUACUAACAAACAACAACACAAUGUAUAUUCGCGAUGAAAUCAACAAUAAAUUAUCUCAUUCAACAGCAGGUUUCAUUAGUACAUCCAAUUCAGCUAAAGACCAGAAUACAUCUGAGUUUUUUAUUACUUUAGGUCGCGAUCUUUCGCGUUUUGACUCAAUCCGAACAAUUUUCGGGAGAAUAUCUGAAAAUUUUGAAUUAAUUAAGUCAAUUUCUGAAGAAUUUGUCGAUGAAACCUACAGACCAUAUAAAAAUAUUAGAAUACUAGGUACUAAAAUUUUAUAUGAUCCUUUUGAAGACCCGCCUGGUUUUGAAGCUCUUAAAACUCGCUUUGUACCAUAUGGAGUAGUCAAAGAAACUAAUAGGCUCGAAUAUGAUGAAAUUCUUGAAGACAUUGAUCCAGAAAAAAGUCUUGAAAAAAUCGAAAAAUUGAAAACGCAGCAUAACGCUGAAAUCUUGGAAAUGCUUGGAGAUAUACCUGAUGCAGAUGCCAGACCACCUGAUACAACAUUAUUCAUAUGCAAACUGCAUCCAAGAACGACAGAAGAUGGUUUACGAAUCGUUUUCUCCAAAUUCGGAACAGUAACAAGAGUUGACUUGUUGAAAGACAAGAAAACAGGCCAAUCUCUUUGCUACGGCUUCAUCGAAUUUUCAAAGGCUGUUGAAGCAGAAAACGCUUACAAGAAAAUGCAACGAGCUGUUAUUGAUAACAGAAUUGUUCUUGUUGACUUCUGUCAAUCAUUAAGAGGACCUCAAUCCAAGAAAUAA